AUGACUCGUCACAAUAGGACACACCAUGAUGAUGACUCUCUACUUGAACAGAGAGCUGAAAUUCCUUCUCAUAGUUACGAUGUCUAUAUAGCGGAAAAUGUAAAGAAUAAUCAUAAGGAAUCGACAACACAUCGCAAGCGUGGGACGUUUAUUCCAAACUGGAAAGACGUGGAGACAUUUCACCGGGAGGUAGACUUCCUCAACCAUCAAGGGUUCAUCCACAAUCAGCAAACCUUCACACCGAGGCUGACGUCUGAAAGCAUUGUUAUUCUCGUUCAGGUCCACAAUCGCCCGGAUCAGUUACAGAUGCAGAUUGACUCAUUUCGCAAAAUGAGGUACAUUAACGAAACGUUAGUAAUAUUCAGUCAUGACUUCUACUCUCAGGACGUUUUCGAUGUCUUAGCCAAGAUAGAUUUCUGUCCCUAUAUGCAGAUAUUUUACCCGUAUGCUAUUCAAGUAUAUAACAACCAGUUCCCAGGGGAUGAUCCCAAAGACUGUCCGAGGAAUUUGAAGAAGGCAGAAGCCCGGCAACAGAAGUGUAACAACGCCGAGUAUCAAGAUACUUAUGGACAUUACCGAGAAGCUCAGGAAGCGACGGUGAAACACCAUUGGUUGUGGAAGCUGCAGUUUAUUUUCGAAAACUGUUCCUUAUUACGAAAUUUUGAAGGGAUAAUAUUUCGAAUAGAAGACGAUUACUAUUUGGCAGAAGACACCAUAUACUACUUGCGAAAGCUGGAUCAACAGGGUCGGAUUCGCUGUCCAGAGUGUAAAAUGUAUAUCAUGGGACAGACAACCGAUUAUUCACGCGACGAAUACCAGUCGGGCGCAGCGAAGAAAGAUUAUUGGUUGGUAGGAAACGGAAGAGGAAUGGCCUUGCGGAAAGAUUUCUGGAAACUCUUCAAAUACUGUAAACAAUCAUUUUGCCUCUUUGAUGACUGCAACUGGGACUCGACGCUAAUGGUUGUGACAGCCACGUGCAUCCCAGGUGGUCUGAAAAUGUUAAAACCUCUAGGGAGUAGAGUCUUCCAUUUAGGAAGCUGUAAGGGUUUACAUCAACACAACGCUUGCAAAACGACUGACGUUUUGAACAAGGUGCUAAGUAUUUUAAAGCGCAACCAAAAAUAUUUAUUUCCAGAACACGUGAAUAUUGCUUCUGAUUUCCCCGCUUUCGCGAAGCGGACAACUCCAUAUGGAGGGUGGGCUGAUAUUAGGGAUCACGAAAUGUGUGUCAAGAUUUUUAAUAACGAGUCCUUGUCAACCACAGAAUUGAGGGAAAUACACCAGAAACUAUUUACUAGAUCUGAUCAGUGA